AUGAAUCCUCCUAGCUUCACUAGUUCAAGCAUUAUUGAGGAUCCAAAGAACUUCAUUGAGGAACUGAAAAAGGUAUUCAAUGUGAUGCAUAUUGCUGAUACUAGGAGAGUUGUGCUAGCUGCAUAUCCACUGAAGAAUGUUGCUAGGACCUGGUUUGAUCAGUGGAAAGAGGGUAGAUCUAAGGAUGCACCACCUGCGAGUUGGGCUUGUUUUGAGGAGACUUUCUUUGGGUGUUUCUUUCCUCGAGAACUGAAGGAGGCUAAGGUACGAGAAUUUCUUACCCUUAAACAGGAGUCGCUAAGUGUUCAUGAGUAUGGGUUGAAGUUCACCCAAUUAUCCUGUUAUGCUCCAGAGAUGGUUGCGGACAUGAGGAGUAAAAUGAGCUUGAUUGUUGUUGGGCUAUCUCGUUUGUCUAGUAAGGAAGGUAGGGCUGCAAUGCUAAUUAGGGACAUGGACAUAUCGAGGUUAAUGGUAUGUGUGCAGCAGGCUGAGGAAGAGAAGCUAAGGGAUAGAGAAGAGUUUAAGAACAAGAGAGUUAAGACAGAGAAUGAGUCUGGGCAGCAGAAGAUUGCUCCACCAGACAAAACUGCACCUAAAGGGACUUCUUCCAGUACUGGCGGAGGAACAAACCGCUUAUAUGCUAUCAACAGUCACCAAGAGCAAAAGGAUUCGCCAGAUGUUGUCACUGGGAAUUCAUCUUACAAGGUUCUUGAGUACAUAUGCUGGGUAUCGAAAUCUAAAAUGAAUUUGAGAAUGAUAGUCGAGUUUAGGCAAAUUGGGGUUGUAAAACGGAGAAGGAAAAAGUCGAGUGUGAUCUGGCACGCAAGUCCGCGUCGCGGACUAGCUCCCCAGUGA